AUGCAUCUGAUAGAGUCCGGGCUACUGGUGGCCAAUGCAGGGGCCAUACUUAACGAACGGAGAGUUCUUCGUAAAUAUAACCUGGAUAAGCCUGGUUUCGACAAUGGCGUCAAAGGGCAGCUGUCGACCCUCCUAUACAGUGUGCGGACUUUCGGCAGGUGUAAUGACGCGGCGAUCUCCCACUAUGCUGACCCGAUAGUGAUAAUGAACCUCCUCGUUAUCCUGUAUGAGCUCAUCUUUGGUUAA